AUGGCGACGCAGACAGAGACCGCGACUGAGGUCUUCGAGCUUCAACCAACAACUAAAGGCACAUUCUCAAAAUCCAUCUCCCAACUCCCACGGCCAUUGCAGGAAGAAUCAACAUCUGGUCAAAAUGCAUCCGACACCGAAUCAUUCUCAUCACCAUUGCGAACAAGAGUAUCCACCUUCCAAACCUUCCUCACGAUCUUCACCCCCUCCUUCGUAGGCUUCAUAGCCAGCUUCACCAACGGCAUCAUCACAGUUGGCCUACCUAUCAUUGCGCGCUCCAUAUCUCUAGAACGCUCUCUAUACCUAUGGCCCUCCUCCGUCUACGGUCUAACAUCUGGCGCCGCAUUGCUCAUCGCCGGUUCCAUAGCCGAUAUCGUUGGUGCCAGGUCCGUUGAGCUAACUGGCAUCGCAUUCCUCGGUAUCUUCACGCUAGCAUGCGGUUUUGCAGAGUCGGGCGCUCAACUCGUUGUUUUCCGAGCUCUUCAGGGUGUGGCGCUUGCGUUGCAUUUACCCGCUUCUGUUGCCAUCAUCACUGGCGCUGUGCCGUCUGGACGAGCGAGGAACCUUGGCUUUGCGUGUCUAGGGUUUAGUCAGCCGCUUGGGUUCGCUGUUGGUUUGGUGCUGAGUGGCAUCAUGAUUGAAAGGGCUGGAUGGCGGAUAGGCUUUUACUUGACUGGAGGUUGUUUGUUGGCUGUUGCUAUGGGUGCAAUGUGGACUUUACCCAAACUUCCUUCCGAGAAUAAAGACGGUGUCGUUGCACUUUGGAAGACGGUUGGUAGGGAGAUUGACUGGGUUGGUGGUCUUAUAAGCAGUGGUGGAUUAGCAAUUCUUGCCUACGUUCUAGCAAUCAUCAGCGCCGAUCUGACAAGUAUCCGUUCAGCUGAGACGGCCUCACUUCUCGCUGUUAGCAUGCUCCUUCUAUUCGCCUUCCCAGCCUGGAUGCACUACCGUGAGCGAUGUGGCAAGCCGGCCCUCGUACCAAACAAACUGUGGAGCAAUCUUCCUUUUACCAGCACAUGCAUCAUGGUCGCACUGUCCUACGGUGUCAUGAACUCGAUUGAGCUCUUCUCCAGUCUUUAUUUCCAAGAAGUCCAGCACGCCUCCAUGCUAGCAACCUCCCUCUACCUCCUCCCCAAUUUAACCACCGGCGUCUUACUUCAGAUAUUCGUCGGCCUCUUCAUCCACCGCGUACCUGCCCGCUGGCUCGUCGCUGGCUCCGCAUUCAUCUGCGCUCUGUCGCCUCUCCUAAUGGCAGUCGUGCCACCAGCUUGGAGCUACUGGAAACUCGCUUUCUGGGCCCAGAUAUUCGCCCCAUUCAGCGCCGAUGUCUUGUUCACCGUCGGUCUCAUCAUCGUCAGCGAUAACUUUCCGGAGAAGACGCAGGCGCUAGCUGGUGCUGUGUUCAAUACCGUUGCGCAGUUUGGUAUGAGUCUGGGUAUGGGUAGUUGUCAGGUUGUUGCGUUGGGGGUGCAGGUCAAGAGUGGGAGUGCCGGUAGUGCCGGCCAUGGUGACGGAGAAGGUGGAGCGUUUGAAGACCAAGAUGACGUGGCUCUGUUAAAGGGAUAUAGGGCGAGCUAUUGGCUCAUGUUCGGAUACAUGCUCGUAUGUAUGAUGAUUGCGAUAGUGGGAUUAAGGAAGGCGGGUAAGGUCGGACUGAAGAGGGAGUAA